AUGUCCGCCCCCGCAUCUCGCGCCCUCAGGCGCUGCGUCUGCACCGCAAAGUCCAACACCUCGUACCUCCGCCCCACAGCCGCCUUCGCACAGCAGAGGAUAGCACAAAGAUGGCAGUCGACCGAUGCUGCAACGGCGCCUACGAACCCCAAAAUCGCGACGAUUGUGGAUCAGAUUAGUCAAUUGACAUUGCUGGAGACGGCAGAUUUGGUCUCGACGCUGAAGACUCGCCUCAACAUCCCCGACAUGCCUAUGGGCGGUUUCGUCGCCGGCGCCGGCGGCGCAGGUCCAGCAGCCGCCGCCCCCGUGGAAGAAGAGGAGGCUGCCCCGGCCGCUGCCGAGAAGUCGCUCUUCAACCUCAAGCUCGAGAAGUUCGACGCCGGUGCCAAGCCCAAGGUCAUCAAGGAGAUCAAGGCCAUGCUCGGCCUGUCGCUGGUAGACAGCAAGAAGUUCGUUGAGAGCGUGCCAAAGAUGAUGAAGGAGGGCGUUCCCAAGGAGGAUGCGGAGAAGAUUGUUGAGACGCUGAAGGCGUUGGGGGCGACAGUCAUCAUGGAGUAA